AUGAGAGCCACUCUUCUGCGAUUAGCCCGUGAAGCAAAGCCGGCACCUCCUAUUCCUAAAUUUUUCAGGGAUCCUGAAAUGUCAUUAGCGCAUUUCAUGAUAAAGGGUCAGGUACUCUCGUUAUAUAGACAGGUCUUGCGUUGUGGUAAAGGUCUUGCCAAACGAGACAAACAAGAAAUCCGAGACUUUGCUCGUGCAGACUUUGAACGAUACCGAAACGAAAGGGAUUUGGACAAGAUUCGAUCUUUGUUAUCUUCAGGAAAACAGCAAAUGCAUUCACUCCAAGCAUCGGUCCAGCUGGCACAUGCCAAUCAAUAA